UAAAGGCUUAUGACAGUGGGAGACACGUUCCACAACUACUCAAGCACAACUACUACACGGUUAAGACCAUGCUCUUCUAGCUCUUCUUGUAAGACUUGGCUCCUCUAGCUCCUCUUUAUCCCUCACAGCAGUUUGCAAGUCAUGUUGCAAGUCCAUACUCCAAGGGCCACAGCAACAAGAGGGGUAUGGUGUAGGCAUCAUGUAGGUAGGCAUCAUGGUACUAGUUCUGAGCCAUCAACACUCCCCCCCAGCAAAAGUAGACAGAACUAGCAGACUCCCUAGAACUUCGUACUCUGACAAACUCCUGCAACACAAGUAACAACAAAAAACAACUAUGCUACUAUGCACACCAUAAUAAUAAUAAUAAUAAUCCCAACGCUGGCCCAUAGGGCCUAGCAUGUAUUAACGGGGCAACGCCUUCGCUGAUCAUCUCUCAACCCAGUUCGAGAGAAGGCGGGAAGUCACCACGACCACCUUAUCAUUUGCCGGUCCUACCCACCGGUGGGAGCGGGGUGGAUUAAGCCCCUGGUGUCCUAUCCAUGUUCAGCUCGGAUGAUCUACCCUCACGGCUUUCGGUACCUGAGAUCGGGGGAUCAGGCUAUUACGGAAUUCAACAAGCCGAGUGCCCCGCCAGCCCCUGCCCCGGCACCACAGCCGCCGCCGUCCCGUACCCGUACGUCAGCGCGGGCCCCACACCGCCGGUGUAUCCUCCUCCAACUCCCACUCCUCCUCCCCCGUACAUCGACACGCCCUGCUGCUGCCAGCCGGCUGCCGCGGCCUGCUGCUGCGGCAGCUGCUGCGCAUGCGCCGGUGUCGCGACCGACACGUACGCCUGCUGAGCGGGCUGCGGAGAGGCCCCGCCGCAGGGGCAGGGGCAAUGCGUCCACGACAUUCCCCCCUGCUAGCUAGCAGAGGCGGCCGGCGUCCGUCAGCCCCCCGUGUGCUCGGUGCUCACGGGCAAAGCAGGCAGCGGCAAGUCGCGGGUGCUGCAGGCAUUGCUGUGGUUUGCAUACCAGCAUCGCUGCGAGUCUCUCAUUGCCCUCGUGAGCUACACGUGGCGCGCCGCACUGCAUGUGAGUUGUGUGCGGGGUGUGCGGGUGUGUGGCUGCGUAGGAGGAGCGGUGCAAGAGGGGCUCAGUUCGGAGGUGAAGUGUGGCGGUGGUGGACUGGUCCUGGUAGUCCUGCUCGUGCGUGCCGGGGGGUUUAGCAGCCAGGGAGCCUUACAUGAUCAUGCUGUUGACUUCGGCCGCUGCCAUCACGGUCCAUUUACAGGACUCUACGCCAGGCGUGCUCGGCACCAGCACCACGUCCUUCUUUGCGACUGCUGGCACCUUUGGUCCGCCUCACCGCGAUCGAGUGGAGCCACGAGUGGAGCGCAACCUUAAUGGUGUGCGCUUCAUUUUCCUAGAUGAGUUUAGCACGUGUGGGCUGUCCCACUGGGCGCACAUUUGCAUGCAUGUGCACGCGGCACGGAGGCACGUGGGUAUAGACAGCACGCACCUAUAUCACGGGCCGCUGUCAGAUCUGCAUGGCCUGCUUGUUGGCGACUUGCGUCAGUUGCCACAGCCACGGCACGCGCCGCUAUAUAGUGGUGCUGCGGAGGAGAGCUUGCGGCGGCUGCUGGCGCCGGGCGCGGGGGACGGCGGGGCCAUGGAGCGCCAGAUCCGGCAGCUGGAGCAUCCGGAGGGCAGCAUGAACCUCAUGGGGCGGGAGCUGUGGAAUAUGGUGCCGUUCGCGUUCGUUCUCACUCACCAGCAUCGGCAGCAAGCAGGUGUAGGCGACAACGACGAACCUCUCUUCAUGCUAGCAGAGAAGUUUGGUGGCGUGCAGGAAAUCUCUCAGGCAGAUCUGGACACAGCGUGCCAGCAGCUCAACACGCGUGUUUGGCGGCCCCCGAAGCCAGGGAUUGACCCCGUGCCCCAGCCCUUUGCAGUUGUCCAGCGCCAUGUCGUGCGGGUUCCACUGGCAUUGCAGCUCGUGCAGCUGCAUGCGCUCGCGCAGCGUCAGCAGCUGCUGCUGUGGCGUAGCGCGGACUUGUCGCCUGACGGGAGCAGCUUACCUAUUUCGCAUGUGCAUCAAUUAGAGGCGCUUGGCGGGGCCGAGGAUGAUAGCGGUGUGCCCGCUGUGUGCGCAUUCUUUGCUGGCAUUCGUUACGUGUUUACAUCAAAUGAGCAUGUGCGUCUGUAUCACAUCAACAACAACAGUGCCACAGGCACCUGCAUUGUUCUGCAUCCCAACGAGCCACCAUUGCCAGAUGCAAGCAUUGCCCCCGUGCAUGUCCUCAAGUUCGUGCCCUCGGCUGUAAUGGUGCGCCCCGACGGGCCUGAUGCGGGUCGGGUGUCUGUCGAUCAGGCCCUGGAUGUUGGGGAGAUUCCUGUUUUACCGUGCAGUGCUAUGUUCACAUCGCAGCAUGCAACCCUGCGGUUGCCUGUGAUGCGCUGGGGCUUUCGUGUGGAGCUUGCGUACGCAGUCACCGAUUACUUCGCGCAGGGGCAAACUCUGCCACCGCACGAACUGUGGCUGGUGGAUAUGUGCAAACCGCAGCACGGUUGUUGGCGGCGGGCUUCGAUUUACGUAAUGCUCACCAGGUUUCGUGGGUUGCAUGCCUUGCAUUUAGUGCGCCCGCUGUGGGCCUCGCGGGCAGAAGAGCGCCGGAUUAAAAAGGCGCUGCGUACCAGGCUAAUGCCCGAGGCAGAUCUAGCUGCAGAAUGGCAGCGGCUAUUGAGGCUCUCGCAGAGCACAGCAGUAGCGGUGCCAGGUAUGAUUGUGCGCAUUCAGGCCAGCAUGGCUGCCUCAUAACCAAGGCCUUCAAUGCAUGCAUGAUUGCAACAUCUGGCAUGUGGCGGUGAACGCUGGGUUGUCCUGCGUCCCGGCCAGCAUGGAUAGCGUAGUGCUUUUAACAUGCGCGAGGUGUACUGACAGAUGACCUGGAAGCGUGGAGUACCUUGUGGAUGGUGAGUGCUGACUGCAAUUUACAGCGGUGACUUUCUUGUUGGUGUUUGGUGUGGUGACCAUCAUGCUUGGCUUCGCUGACUGGACGUAUGUCACUGAGCUGUUUGACAGGCAGGCGUAGAGCAACGUGUACAUUCGGGUUUAGUUUCUACCUGUCCUGUCUCUGCGUGAAGCCGGGGUAUUGUUUAUGGCUGUUCUGAGAACAAACUUCCGAUCGCGGGGUCGGGAUGGGGGCAAAAAACAACUUGUUAAUCAACUCAUCAAGUUGUUAUUGCGUGCGCACCCAAUCCCCCCGACACCCCCGAUGGACAGCGAACAAUUUUGAGCAAACAUAGGGCUUUUCGGAAGGGAGAACUCACUCAAGCAGCACAUGCCUCUCAUCCUCUACAUGCUCCUCCCCAUCAGCGUGGCAAAGCGGACAAACUCUCUGUGCUCUCUCCCUGUGCGCACCCUGCGCACCGCGUGGGUUGUUAGCCUCAAUCAUCCACACGCCCAUCCUGAAUCUCAUCAUGGAGACAUGCCAUGCUCGAGGAAUGUAGAUUUGCGUGUGCCGUGUUUCCCCCAUCCAAUGCUUGUAACGACAUAUCUUCACGCCAGGCUUGACCCCCUGCUUGCGUCACAAAAUCCCGUGGAUUAACCUCUAACCUGUUGCUAGCAGGGGAGGGGGGUAUGCAACUCGGCCUGGAUCCAGCCCGGGCUGCAUGGGACCCGGCCAAAAGGUGUUCGGACCCCCCAACGCCUGCUCCUGAGACUUUAUUAUUGUAACCUGGACAAAUGUGUAGUCAUAUGAACCGACAGAUGUCGCUAGGAAUGGGGCGCAGGCCCCUCUGUAACAUUUCGAGUGU